GCGAACCAUUGGGCAGUGGCCACCAGGAAUCCAGCCAGGAGCAGCGCCUCGCCUCGCCGCGACCAAUGAGCACAGCCGGCUCGGAGGCGGACGUGGACCUCGACCAGGACUUGGAGUCGUGCGCGCUGCUUAACGCGAAGGCGGAAGCAUCGAACGGACCCGGACCCGGACUCGGACCCGUCGAUACCGGCAGGACACGCGCUAAGCAGCGCAUCAGCUUGAGCGGGAAGCGGCGACGCAGCCGAAUGUCGCGCAGGGCCAAUCUGAUCGGCAUCUGCGGCGUGAGCAGCCUGUGCAUCCUGCUGCUGAUCGCCACCACCCAGCACCGUCCGCUGACCACUCCGUUCAACCAGGCCGCUGGCCGGGAUCAGGGAGCGGGGGCGGGUGCCGGUGUUGGACCUGGCAAUGCCUAUGGCGUGGACGGGGGGCCCUCCAAUUCUCUGGCGCGCAGCGCCUUCUACGACCGCUUCCAGCAGCAGUUGCAGCAGCAGCAGCCGUCCCAAACGGCCGUCUACAAUCUGACAGCUACUAUAGUGGAUGUCCUGUCGGCUCAACGGUCGCGCAUCCUCACCGAGAUGGAGAACUUCGAGUAUCCACGCGGCGGGGCCGAGCGCCUGGCGGACAUGACGCCGGAGACGAACGGCACUCCGGUGCGCAGCGUGGUGGUCACAUCGUGGCGCUCCGGCUCCACCUUCCUGGGCGAUAUACUCAACUCGAUACCGGGCAACUUUUACCACUACGAGCCCCUGCUGGACUUUGGCAUCAAGCAGAUCCGGGACCCGGACGACCAGGAGCUGGCCGUGCAAAAUCUGAAGAACCUGCUCAACUGCGACUACGCCGACAUGCUGGACUACCUGAACUUCGGCAAGACGCACACAUAUCUCUUCGAGCACAACACCCGGCUGUGGGAGGUGUGUCGGGAGUUUCCACGCUUCUGCUGGCGGCCCGCCUUCCUGACGCGCUUCUGCCGCCUCUUCCCCAUCCAGAGCAUGAAGACGGUGCGUCUGCGGCUCGCACAGGCCGAGAAGCUGCUCGAGGACCCAAG